AUGUGCCACUGCAGUAUAUGUCGCUACUUACAUGGAGCGCCGUGCUGCUUUCACACACCGCUGCCACCUGGCGUUGAACCACAAUUUAUCUCACCAUCCAACUUAAGCAAAUUAACCACCUAUGACCAUCCUACAUUCCAAUCUACAAAACUAUUCUGCAGCACUUGUGGCUGCCACGUUGGAGAUCGAGGUCUAGGCUCUCUCAAGAACACUUGGACAAUUUCAACUUCAAUCUUUAAUGCAAAUCGAGAGGAUUCCGGAACUUGGGAGUUUGCCACUCAUAUGCUUCCGUAUUCCACACCCGACGGCGGAUUAUCGUCUAUCAUCCCAUCAAUUGACGGCCGUCAGUUGGAAUUGGAAACCCGUGGAGAAGAGAAGAAGCCAGAUCCUACUGAGACCACACAAACUGAUGAAACAGAACUUCUUGCUCAGUGCCACUGUGGCGGGGUCUCAUUUAAGAUUUCCCGACCUAAACCGGGCUUCAUCGAUAGUCCUGAGAGUGAACACUGGCUUUUACCAGCUAAUAAGAACAAAUGGCUCGCGUGCUUUGAUCUCUGCGACGACUGCCGACUCGUCAAUGGGACACAUGUGAUUGGAUGGAUGUUCGUUCCUACAGAUCACAUUUCACCUUCUCCCCCAUCAGACCUCAAAAUCGGUACCUCUAAGAUAUAUCGUUCAUCUAGUGAUACUAUUCGGACAUUCUGUGGCACUUGCGGUGCAACAGUAUUCUAUUGGUGCUCGGAACGAAAGUCCAUUUUAGACGUAUCGACUGGAAUAUUACGGGCUCCUGAGGGAGCAAUGGCUGAGAAGUGGGCUUUAUGGAGGUCAGGACGGCCUUCAUGGGCCGAAAAUGGGGCUCGAUAUGAUGCUAGGUUCACCCACGCUUUGACUGUGGGCUUGAAGGAGUGGGGUUUGAAGCGAGGUCAUCCGCAUGAUUUCUAUGUCCCGUGA